ACGCCUGCUCUCUUCUUUUCCUCCUCAUGGCAACUCCUGUAAUUGUCGGCGUAGGAGCUAUCACAGCUGCUCUUGUCGGACGACACCUUGUGCGCAAUGGUAUCAUUGGCAAGCGGGCAGCAGACCAGUGGGUAAAGGGUGGUUUUAAAGCGAAAAUGGAUCGCAAGGAGGCUAUUGCAAUCCUUGGGUUAAAAGACGGCGUAACACUACGCAACAAGCUAAAAGAUGCCCACCGUCACAUCAUGCUCGCAAAUCACCCUGACCGUGGGGGCUCCCCCUACAUUGCGAGCAAAAUCAACGAGGCCAAAGACUUGUUAGACAAGACAGAUGGAAAGUCGAGAUAACAUUCAACUUUUGCAUACGUUGGUAACUCGUCGUACUGUCUACUCUGUAUUUCUAUCGCAUUAAUAUAUCCAUCAUAAUACAUAUCACCACUCGCUCCUUUGGUCGAGGCUCGCUAUAACUAUCUGCUGUCUGAUCCUACUUCUUAGAGUUCCUUCGCAUAUAUAUGAGAAGCCGGUCGAGACAACUACCAUGUCCUGCAUGUUACCUGCAUGUCAAUGGAGCUGAAUUGGCUUACUAAGCAGC